AGGGCAACACCCCGGCGUCCCUGGAAGCGGGGAGCCGGGGUGGUGCAGGGGAAACUGCGCGGAACCGGAGGCCAGAGGCCGGAGCCUCCUGGGGCAGGGGGAGCGUCCGGGACCAGGUCUGGGGGCCCAGAUGAAACAUGGCGGGGCGACCUAUCCGCAUAGGGGACCAGCUGGUACUGGAAGAAGACUAUGAUGAAACCUACAUCCCCAGUGAACAAGAAAUUUUUGAAUUUGCCAGGGAAAUUGGAAUUGAUCCCAACAGUGAACCAGAAUUAAUGUGGCUGGCCCGAGAAGGCAUUGUGGCUCCGCUCCCCAUGGAGUGGAAACCAUGCCAGGACAUCACAGGUGAUAUUUACUAUUUCAACUUUGCCAAUGGACAGUCCAUGUGGGAUCACCCAUGUGAUGAGCAUUAUCGGAACCUGGUAAUCCAGGAACGGGGAAAGCUGUCGACUCCUGGCGCUAUCAAAAAGAAAGAUAAGAGAAAGAAGAAGGACAAGAAUUACAAGAAGGACAAGGAACCUCCCAAAACUCCCACGGAAACACAGCCAGAGCAGGGGAUCCUACCUUCUUCUUCCUCGUACUGUGACCCAUCCCCACUCCCAGCAUCUGGGCUCACUGGCUUGGACCUAGAACAGGAGAUGCAGAUGAAAAGUGAGGGCUCCUUUAGGAAAGGGAAGGGCAUGUGCAUGCUGGGCGACAACCCCUGGCCUCUUGUUGGUGCUUUGCCAUGCAAGCUGCAGCCACUGUCCAAAGGCCAAGUUCCCCGAACCCACCAGAUCUUUGGUGAUGUGGAGAAAAUCUUAGGCAGAGCCCCAGCCCCAGGCAAGAAAGAACUAGGUGACCAGUUGGGCCUUCAGAAGCCCCAGAAGCUUACAGAGAAGUUUUACCUGGGCUUUUCAGACCCUGAAGUAGAAGAGCUAGAAAUGAUGACCAAGCAGCUGAAAUCUGGUAUUCAGGGCCCUGAAGGCAUCAGACCUUUCCAAGAUGGCCCAGAGGUGUUAGAGAGUAGGAGUCAGUCCUCUAUCAACUCAAAGCUCUCUGAAGCCAUCAAGAACUCACAGGCAAAAGGGGAACAGGUCUGCUAUAACCUGUCCAAACUGAGCCUCACUGGCCCUAGUGGGGACAAAGGCAGGAACCUGGCUCCCUCAGCAGGCCCAGGAGAUGCAGCCUCCCUGUCUCCCUACAGUUCUGAGUACCUGUUGUCAAGCAGGAAGGGCAAGUUGCUUUUGAUAGAUAGCAAUCCAGCGGAAGAGCUAAACCAACAAGAGGUCCUUGAGGAGGGUAGACUCUUGGGGAAAGGCAGGAGGAAAAGAGAGCCUCAGGGACUGUGGAUGGGACAGACCUCUGGGCUCCGCAGCAAGAGUGACCAGGGCAACUGCAAGGAGUCUGAGCGUAGCCAUCCUGAGGUACAAGCAAUCUCGGCUCAGGAUAGACUGCAAGGCCACCUUCUUGCUCCCCCACUAAGUGCAGACAUAGCACCAUCCCUUGUACCGAAAGCAGCUCAGAAUGCCCUUUCAGUGAAUAUCCGUGAAAGUAUGCCUCUCCCCACUGAGAUCAGGGAGAUCUCCCAGCCACUGGGUCUUCCAGAUGAAAUCAAGCAGCCCAGUGCCUCCGAACCAGACCCAGUGAGCAGUAGCAGCAGUCUGGCCUCUCACUUGGGCUCACAGGUCUUGGGUGAGGUGGACAACUUCUCCUGGGACUUGCAAAGCUCCCAGGAGUCAGAACUGGCAGUGGGCCAGUUAGGAGCUGGCCGAUGGGCCCAACAUGCCCGCUCUUUUCUAGAGUCCCAGUUGGUCCAUACCCACAGCUCAACAGAUGAGCGAUCAGAAAGUGAAGACUACUCUGAGGACCAGAGAUUCUAUCAGCACAUACUGCAGAUGCUCAAGAUCUCUAGACGGCUAGAAGGCCCACUGCUAGCCAAGAGCAUGCAGGAGAUGCCAUGCAAGGACAUUGCUAGCAUGGUCUGCCAUAUGGUGGCUGUGUCACCUGGGUCACCCAGCGAGGGUGAGCAAGAGGAAACUAAAGCCACUGAGAGAGAGUCAGGGCCCAUGGUUGGGGCACCAGAACUCCUUCAGGGCCCAGAGGCAAUAGGCAGUGUCCCUGAAGGGCAUGGGGCCACACAGCAAGUCCAUCUGCAGCCAGCAAGCGGGCCCCACAGGCAAGAGGAAGCAGAGCUGAACUCCAGCCGAGGCCCAGCUUCAGAGUCAGGGACGAGGCAGCUUUUCAAUCAGACCCUGGCUCCUUCCUUAGCUCCAGUUCAUGUGCCCCUGGGCGGCCUCGCUCCAUUGCGCAGCCUCAUGGAUACCUCAGCCCCAACCUUCCGUUCCUCCCCGAGUGUCAACGUGGGAAGCUCAGUGGAAUCUUCUCAGCCUUUGGAAACUGCCCUGCUUCCACAAGUCCCCAAGACUUCUACCUACACCAAGAAUCUUCUGGGCUCCAUCCAUGAGGAGAAGAACCCUCUCAACCUGCUGGCUCUUGGGGAGGAGAUCAACGAGGAGGAGGAGGAGAGUGAUAAUCAGAGCCUCCAAAGCACAGCUGGACUCCUCAAGAAUCUACACCUGGAUAUUGGGGUCCUGGGGGACAAUUUUGAUUUUGAGGAGUCUCCAAGAAGCCAACUAGAGGAUAAGAAGGAAACAUCUCAGGGUUCAAACGUCCCAUGCCCGCGGACUUCUGACAAGCUCUUCAACCGAAGUGUAGGUAGCAACAUGGGCAGUACAGAUGGCGAAGGCCGACGAGGGAAGCUGGCAAGUGCUUGGCUCCCAGAUAAAGAAGACAGUGAGAAGGGUGACCCUGGGGCCUCCCGGCCACAAAUGAUUCAAGUGGUAAACUCGGGGACUGUUGAAAGUACUGGAGCAGCCAACACGCAGUCGUUGGAAAACCCAGUGGUGGCUGGAGAGGUGGGCUGUGAGACAAAGGAGGCAAUGAAUGAACUAGAGAAGGAACCGACAGAGCCAAAAACAGAGAGCAGAUUGGACGUCAAUGAAGAGUCAGAAAUCAGUGACCACGUGAAAGAGUUGCAGUUUUCAGAUCGUUCUGAUCCCAAGUCAUUUCUUGGCCUGGACUUUGGUUUUCGAAGUCGGAUCUCUGAACAACUGCUGGAUAUAGAUGGAUUGUCCCCGGUCCUGGAUGGACCCAUCUGGGAGACCAAGGGCCCAGCAGAGGAGGAAAAAGAGCAAAGUCAGUCCAACCUGGAAGAACCAGAGAGUGAACAAUCCAGUGAGGAAGAGAGAAUACUGGGUACACAUCCACCUGCCAGUAUCUCCAGUCUUCAUUCACAUGAAGAGGAGAAAAUCCAGAGCCUUUUUCAUGCCCAAGAGAUAGGAGAAGGGCAGCAUUGUCCGGAAGGGGAGUCUGGGGAGACAGUAGAACCUGAGCAGAAUGUGAUGGCCAGCCCAACUUCACAGGCCUCCUCCCCAAAGAGUGAACAGAUCAUCAACCCCUCUAAUGACCAUAAGACGGAAGAAGAGCCUUAUGCCACAAAGGUUGAAUAUGAGCAGAAAAAGGCAGAAGAACUUGAGGAGAUGAUGACCAGCCCAACCUUGCCAGGCUCCCGAGAAGAACUUGUCCUAGAAUCUGUAACCUCUCAGAGGCAGCCCUUAGGGGAUUCCCUAAAGGUCAUAGAAGAGAAGACAGCCCAGGAUCUGGAGCGGGAGCGGGCAAGACUGUUGGAGGAUCGGAGACAGAAGAUGGAGCAGCUACGGGCAGAGCUGUGUCGAGAGGAAGAAGAGGAGAUGCUGAAACUUGAGGAGCAGAAGGACAAGUCCCUCAGGUCUCUGAGAGAGCAGCUCAAGAAAACAGCUGAGGAGGAAGAGGCUCGAGUGAGGGAAGAAGAGGGUCAGAAACUUUCCAAGCUCCGAGCUCAGAUCCUAGCCAGUAUAGAAACACAGGAGAACCAAAUUAGGGCAGAGCAAGAAGCUUCACUGAAGAAAAUAAAAGAAGACUGGGAGUCAUUGCAGAGGGCUGAGAGGUCUAGCCUGGAGCAGAAAAAGAAGCAGGUGCUGGAGAAAUUUAAGGAGGAAAUGAAGGGUAAUGAAAAGAAAGAGAGGGCCCUCUUGGAAGAGGAGAAUGAAAAAGCAAUGAGUCAGCUGAAGGAACGACUGCGAGAUGAAAGGAAGGAGGCUGUGGCAGCUCUGGAAAAGGAGCACGCAGGUAACCUGGAGAGGCUUCGAGCCUCAGCUGAGGAGAAACACCGUGAGGUCAUUGCUGGCCUGAAAAAGCAGAUAGAGGAGGCCCAUCGGAAGGAGACAGCGCAGCUGCAGGAAGAGCUGGCUCAGGCAGAACAGAGAAUCCAGCAGAAAGCUUGCCGAGUGACGGAGUAUGAAAGAGAGCUCAGCGACCUCCUGAGAGAGAAGAGGGAGGACGUGGAGAAGGACCACGAGCGGAGGAUGGACAAAAUGAAGGAGGAGCACCAGCAAGUGCUGGCAGAGACCAGGGGGCAGUAUGACGAGGAGGAGAGGAAGCAGCGAACAGAUCUUCGGACAAACUUGGCAAAUGAGAUGGAGCGUGUGAGGCGGGCCCAUGAUCGGGAGCUGGAGACCAUGCGGCGGGACCUGGAAAGGCAGCUCAGUGAAAUCCAGCUCAAGCACCGAGAGCAGGAAAGGAAGUUCCGGGAUCUAGAAGCAGAACUGGAAAGCAGAACUAAAGAGAUUCAGGCCAGACUGACCCAGCUGGACCUGCAGGAGGACACCAUCAGAAAGAAGAAGCAGCAGCUUCUAGAUGUAGAGAAGCAGAUUGCCCUGGAGAGAGAGGAAGCCACAUCCACCCACCAGCAGCUAGAGGAAGCGAGGAAGGAGCAAGCCCACCUGGUGGAGUCCACGCGGCAGCUGCGCCAGACCCUCGAGGAGCUGCGAUCACGGAAGGCUGAGCUGGAGUCCCAGGUGGAAGUGCUUCAGGCCCGCAGUCAGAGGCUGCAGAGACGGAUCAGUGACUUGGAGGCUGAGGCCCAGAGGAAGCAGGAUGUUUUGAAUGAGCUGGCUGUUGAGGAGACUGUUGCCACUUCUCCACGUCGUGAAGGGGAGCUUCACCUGGAAGACCUGAGGAAGUCUGUUGGGAUGACCCUCGAUAAGGAGCUCCCUGCCACCAGCUCCCAGAACAAUGAGGAAAGCACUCCCCGGUUGGAUAAUAUCCGCCAUUAUCUCUCCUCUGAGGGCGUGUCGCUUCGCAGUGCCAAGGAAUUCCUGGUCCAGCAGACACGCUCUAUGAGGAAGCGCCAGACAGCUCUAAAAGCUGUCCAGCAGCAGUGGCGCCAUGAUGUAGCCACUGCCCAGGUGACAUCUGAAGACUUGUCUAAUUCCCAUAACCUAGAAGAUAUCCGAAAGAACAUAGAAGAGGAGACGAAGAACUUGGAUGAGAUGAAGUCAGCCAUGCGCAAGGGCCAAGUUCUACUGAAGAAAAAAGAGGAGAAGCUGAGUCAGCUGGAAAAUUCUCUUCGGGAAGAGCUUUCAGAUGAGGACACACUGAGAGGAGUUUCUUAUAGGAAGAUGGUAACAUUUGAUGUUAGUGAUUUUGAAGACAGCAGGAGUGCAAGCCCUGAGACCUCUCCUCUGCCCCAUGGGGAUCCGGUGUCGACCAUGCCUUUCCUCCAGCUCAACAAGAUCCGGUACCUGAGCAGCUCUUUACAGAGAAUCACCAAUGAGCUCAAUGGAGUCCUGAGCGUCUUGGGCACCCUCAACAUCCAGCCGUCCCCUAUCUUAACUUCAACACAAGUCCAGAUGCCUUCCAUGCCCUGCAAGACCACUCCCAUCUCCUCUCACCCUUCCAUGACCAGAGUUUCGGCACCUACCCCUUUGGCUCCCUCCACUGGUAUCCCUCUUCCUACUCAGUGGGCCUGGGACCCUGGAGUAAGCUCUGGGCUCACCUCUUCAGUUGCUCAGUCAGUGGACAACUUUCUGGUGGAGAAGUGGCACAAAUAUUUCCCAGCUGGAGUCCCAUUACUUAGUGGCAGCCCAGCUCCUCUGGACAAUAGGUUGGGCUAUGUAUCUGCCAGUGAGCAGCUCCGCCUGUUGCAUCGCUCCCACUCCCAGAUCUCUCAGAGCAGUGGUGCCAACUUUCAAGGCAUGAUUGAGUCCAAUAGGAAGUGGCUAGAACACAUGAAGAAGGACCCCAAGUGUUACCAGACCCCUCUUCUCCACCACACCCAAGCCCUUGGUGACCUCAGGCCUGCUGCAGCUGGACCUGGAUGAAAACCGCAAGCUGAAGGUGUAUCGCUAUUAAGGCCUCUGGGGCAGUAGGGCAUAGGGCUCUCCAGGCAUCCCUUUUCUUAGACCAAGUGCCUAAGGAGCUUCCUGCACUUUAUUGUCCCUGAUCCAUCAUUCCUCUGCUGUACAAGCCUUACCCUCUCAGGACUUUGGAGGAAGGCAUAGGAGCAAUGAUGGGGUAGGGGGCAGUGGGAGGAAUGUAGCAAGCCACACCCUCUGAGAACCCCAUAGUGUAUCCCAGAUGGAAACAUUUUGAGCUUCCAUGGCCCAUUAAGGCCUGCAUUAUCAUGUCAGAGCAGAUGAGACGAGACUGACAGCCCCAGUGGAGGAGGGGGUGGUGGAGCUGGACCCUUUCAUGGAUACCUGAUGGCAGAAAGCCAAGAGAACCCCUUCAGGGAGUGGUCUAAGCCCUGCCAGUGAGCUGAUUCUCUCCCUCAAGUCUCUAGGGUAUUUUGGAGAGGUCCAGAGUAGCCAGUUUUGUGAUUCUCGAUGUACUGGGGGAGAUCAGGGUGUGGAUGAAUCCCCUCUCCAAAGCAUGUUCACCCCAGGACUUGGUGCUUCUUGGGGACUAGCUCUGUUCUGAAUCUGUUUCCUUUGAGCUAAUACCUCAGCAGUAGGGCACCAGGCCCUCUGUUUUUUAUAAUGACUCCUUUUUUGCCCAAUGACUUGGGCUAUCUCAGGUUUGUGGUCAGCUUUACAGAGCCUUUCCCUGAGGCUGAUUGAUGUGGGGUUCCAAGGAAUGAGGCAACUAUGAGUCUUCCCCCUGUCUUUGCUAUGCUUACCGCAUGUGACUGAGGGAAUCAUUUUCCACCUUUAUCUCUGAGCUCCCACCAACAGAAUGGCCCUAUCCUUGGGCUUGGGGAAAGGAAGACUUUGGGAAUCAGACUCCAUGGAAGGAUGCAGCAGGGGCAGACCUCUCUUGGGAUCCCAUUCCAUGACCCUCAGGCAUUAAGGUUAUGGCUUCCCCCAAAUAGACAGCUAGCCAUUAGAAAAGUGAACGAGGUUGUCCUCAGCCUCAUUGCAGUCAUCUUUUCAUUUCUCAGGUCACCUUGAGUAUUUGUAGCCCUUGCUUUCCUCCUACCUUUUCUCACCAAGCUUGUUUGGAUAAACACAUUUGCAUUUCAGCCAACAUUCUUUUUCUCUCUUCCUGCCCCUCCCCUCUAAUCUUUUGAGUUUUGCUGUAGACUGUGAGGUGUCUUGUACCCCCUUGAAGUCUCUGCAUAAAGGGGUGGGGCAGGAGAGGAGCAGAUGAGCAAUCAGAGAGGGGGUCUGGAGCCAUCUUGGCCCUGGGGAGAGGGUUCCCUGCAGGUCCCCUUCAAUCAGCUGGCAGACAGAUGGUCUCCUUGAUGGGGUUUGGUGGGGACUUCCGUUGAGUUUGGCUCUCUGUUUGGAGGAAGUCUAAGGCUGUGGAGUUGUGUUUAGCACUCCUCAGCAGGGAAACCAGCCUCUCAUCAUCUUUUUUCAUGGAGCAGAAACCUGGGGAGUGGGUUGCUUUUUAGCCCCUCCCCCACCCCCCCAGGCACUACACUGAGGCACAAGCCCCUCCUCUCAGAGGAGUCCCUUUUGUUACUUGACUGAUGCUGUGUGGUUUAGGAAUGGCUCCUGUGUGCUUAACAACUGUGGUGACAAUCCGGCUUGUCUUGCCCCGUGUUUUGUAUAUCAAUUAAACCUCCACGGGUCAUUUUUCUACA